AUGUCUGGACCUGAGAGCCAGUCUUACCUGAGCAAGCUCUCGCCCUUCACCAGGAGCCCAACUGUCCAACCCAGCAAGGGGAAGGAUGGCGAACCGGAGCCACUAGUACAGCAGCAACCCGGAACGGAUCACAGAGUCAGGCAUAGGCAUCGCUUGAGUCUUAGGAACUACCCUCGCGAUUGUCCGCCUCUCCGGCCGCAAUGGUUUCACGCUGUGGACUCGCCGAAACGGCGACCGAAUCCUGCUGGGAAGACAGAUGAGAAGCUCUUGCCUGCUCCUAAGAAGUAUGCUGCCUUCUCAGUACGGGAUUCGAAAGCCAUCGAGGUCGCAUACCGGAAGCUUGGGGAGGAAUUAGAAGCGGCUGAACGCCAGCCUGAACAUGGUGAUCUGGGGUCUAGAAAGGCAGAAGACCAGCAGUCAAAGGAGAAGCCCAAUGUCAACCUCAAAGACGAUCUUAGCCCCGGAAAGGUCAGGGUACCCGUCAACGAAGACUACCUGUUUGAUGUGGAUAUCGAACGAAGGGAACUUGGGCCGGCUUACUGGCUGGGUCCGGUGUACGAUGUCCGGCGAGGCACCUGGUUCUAUCAGGAUGGCAGUGUACAGAGACCGUGUGAUGAGAACCUGGCAACACAACUGGAAGACGGCUAUCUGAAGGUUGAGGCAUGGAAGCUAGCUUCUCAGCAGGCGAAGCAGCGAUCAGCUUCACAGCCUCGCAAGCGACCGACAUCUUGGGGCCCAGACCAGCUUCAAGUGUCUGAUGAGCCAAAGCCUGCUGCUUCUGCGCCCAUGACACCGAAGCUUUCGAGCACAGAUCUGCGGAAGCAGGCCGCUGAUAAUCAACUGCCAGUCCCGCCUGGAGACACCGAAGCUCGGGAAGGCCAACGGACUGAUCAACCGCAGAACACAUACCGCCUCUUUGGUGCCCACAUGAACUCCGUCGUGACAUAUCAAGACGCUAACACAGCCUGGCUCCUGACCGACGACUUUAUGAGCCGGAUGAACUACACAAUGUACCAACGCUUCGCCGGCGGCGGCCACUACGGCGGCAUCAAACUCGUUCGCGGCUAUGCUCCCGAGACCAAGAAACCUGAAAGCAAAGACAACAAAGCCACCACCACCGAAAAGGAUACCGCCAGCAAAGACUCUGCCCCAGCUUCCGAAGAAGACCCACCGGAAGAUGCGCCAGAACGACCAAGUGUCUCUGAAACCCACCGCCAAAAGCUCGAGCGCCACAUGUCCUCCCUUCUCGAAGAAGCAACAUCACCUGAAGACCAAGCGAAGCAAGAAGAAGAACUGCGCAAACGUGACGAGCGCGAGAUGGAAGAGGACUACCAGCUCAACUCCUCCGAGGACCAAGGUCGUGAAGUCGAACAUCUCAUCCUCGUCACGCACGGCAUAGGCCAACGGCUCGGAUUACGCAUCGAAAGCGUCAACUUCGUGCACGAUGUCAACACGUUCCGCAAAACGAUCAAAGCCGUCUACGCCGACUCGCCAGACCUCAAAGCGCUCAAUGCCGAGCUAGACAAUGCAGAAGUGGUGAAUAGUCGUGUCCAAGUUCUGCCGAUUUGCUGGCGCCACUUGCUGGACUUCCCAAAACAGAGUCUCAAGCACAACCGCAAAGAAGCAGAUAUAGCCGACACAGACCAAGAAGACGAAGACUAUCCCAGCCUCGAAGACAUCUCCGUCGAGGGAGUACCUGCAGUCCGGAACCUGAUUACGGAUCUCGCGCUGGAUAUCCUGCUCUACCAGUCGCCGGCGUACAAGGACCAUAUUUCACGGAUCGUGCUGGAGGAGUGCAAUCGCAUCUACCACCUUUUCAUGGAACGGAACCCGAACUUCAAGGGGAAGAUAAGCAUGAUUGGGCAUUCGCUCGGUUCGGCGAUUAUGUUUGAUAUCCUGUGCCGGCAGGACCAGCAGUUGCAUCCUUCGAAGCAGCAUCGGAAGCAUCAACAUCAUCUGAAACUUGAUUUUGAGGUGGAAGAUUUCUACGCUCUCGGCUCACCCAUCGGUCUGUUCCAGAUGCUCACCGGUCGUACCAUCGCUGCACGAGAAGGUCCAGACGGACGGAAAAGAGCAAUGACUACAAGUAUGGACGACCCAAUGCUCUCCGACAUAGCCUCCGCCUCCACCACCAGCAGCAGUAAAACCACCCGCACCCCCCUCGACCGCACCACAAGCACCUCCGACCUCGCCACCUCGAACCCCAAAUGCGCCCAGCUGUUCAACAUCUUCCACCCCACGGACCCCAUCUCCUACCGCAUCGAGCCACUCAUCUCGCCCACGAUGGCGACGCUGAAACCGCAGCCCCUGCCGUACACGAAGCGUGGAAUCUUCGGCGCGCCGAUGGGCCAAGGGUUGACGGGCAUAGGGGCCCGCGUGAGCCAGAGCGUGUCGAGCAUGUGGACGUCUAUGGCGUCGAAUUUGCUGACGAGGGGGUUGGGGUAUAGUGGGGGCGAAGCUGCGCAGGUUCCUUCCGCGCAGCAGAAUGCUUCGAUUCGUCCGAAUGCUCCGCCGCCUUCGAGUGGUGCAGGCACGAAUGUGAGCGCGGGGGUGAUUCCGACUGCGCCGCCGCCUCCGCCGGAGGGGAGUGAGAUUGCUGCGAUCCCGGAGAAGAUUGCUUCGGGGGCUGUGACGCCAACGAGGAGCGGGCAGCAGCACCCGCCGACGCUUAUUGAUAGCGAGAUCGAGACGUUAUAUGCUGGGUAUCAGAAGCAUCGCGGGUCUGUGCAGGGGGAUGCCGGACAGCGCGACCUCGGCGCCGGAGCGGUCGGGAGUCCGGAGUGGCAGGAGUCGGAAGAGCGGGCAAAGCGGUUGAAGCGGGAGGAGGAGAAGGUGAGGCGGCUGAAUAGUAAUGGGCGGGUGGAUUACGCGAUCCAGGAGGGCGCGUUCGAUAUCAAUUUGAUCGCGGCGAUAGCGAGUCAUUUGAGUUACUGGAGCGAUGAGGAUGUGAGCCACUUCAUCAUCUCGCAGUUGCUUAGCAGGCAUCGCGUGGUGAGGCCGAGGAGGACGAGUGGUGGGAGUCAGGCGGCGGGGAGGGAUUCGUGA